CAGAGGUGGCCAAAAGUCGCGCAACGCCUACCGUCUUGUAUGGAACGCGCGUUACGGCGCAGUUUCUCCCUCCACGUCGUUUCCAUUACGUCAUAUUGCAAUUCUGGUCUCAUUAUCUUGUUUACGUACAACAACAGCAAAGUUUACAAAAAAACAACAUAACCCAUUAGACGUAGUUUCAUGUUAGUUAUCGUUCGUAACACUGGCGAAAUGCCCUCUCCAAAAUUGUCGCUUAUUGAACGCAUUUUAUUAAUAAAAUUGUGGUACAGAAACGAAGGUUCUUUUAAAGAUGUUAUCGAAGAGUUCGCCGUUGAAUCGCCCGGUUCUUCUGCUCCAAAUCGUACCACCAUUUGGAGAUUGGUAAAACGUUUCGAAGAAUUUGGAACGGUCGCCGAUAAACCGCGUUCUGGUCGACCGAAGACGUCAAUGACUGAAGAAAAUUUGCAAUUAGUGUCUCAAACGUUCGUCGAAAACUCGAAUCAAUCGACCAAACGAUUUUCACUCCAGCUAAAUAUUCCUCGCACGUCCUUGAGACGCAUGAUGAAAAGUCUAAAAAAACGGUAAACAAACGUUGUGGAGCAGUUAUUGAAGCUGGAUGACAUCAUUUUGAACAUUUGUUAUAAUUGCCGUGAUAUGAUGUUACUUUGUAAUGUUCAUUUUUAUAUAAUUUUUUUUUAUUUGAAGAAAUAACGAUUUUUUUUACUAUUACAAAUUGUGUUGCAAAUUUGUUGCGCGACUUUUGGCUACCUCUGUAUGUGCUUCUAAAAGUACUGGCGUACUUCUUACCUAUUACUCAUAUCUUAAUU